GCAGAGUCGCUGCACCUCUGCGCUGUACUGAUGCAAAGUUCAUGUCCGAGCGGAAACUUACAGUGAAGACCGCAAAACGAGCAGGAUGACAGAGAAGGGAGGUGGUGAAGUCGAAGGGUGUGCGUUUUGACUUUAUUUUGAGCUGGCCUUAAGUGAACUGAAUGAAAACAGAAGCCCCCCUACCUGGAAACCACCGGGGAACUAAGUGGAUUGAAGAAGGCAGAGAGCGAGUGAGGGAGUCAGAGAGGGAGGGAAGACAGAAGGGAUUAGCAGCUAAUCCAGCGCAUGGACAAUCCUGGAUGAGCCUUAUUUUUCUUCCAGGAUGAUUCAGACAAAACAGUCAUUGGAUUACGGCACUUUACUUUAUUGCCCUUUUUGAGAAAGCACCGGCCUCCUUUUUGCUCAGCUCUGAUUGUUAUCAUUGCCUCUCAAAGGUCUGUCAUCUUGGGCAUAGAGGGACCAGGAGGACAGAGGAUAAAGGAGCAGGGCCUGGUGACAGGAUGUCCCAUGGACAGUGUGGUGCCACACAUGGAUAAACCUCUUUAGUGGGAGACGGUGCAUGGCAGUGGACCCCCCCCUACUCUCUGCCUGGACUUUGAAGAAGUCAACCACAUGACACAGACAAGAUCCUCUGAGAAGUUGAGCUCCACUGAAGAUGGAAAAAGGAGUCGUUGCCAUGGACCCUGAACUUGGCUAUAAACUUGACUGACAUGAAAUCAGAGCUCUCACGCUCUUAUUCACAUUAAAGAGAAAUUACUCAACUUUUCUACCGCCAUGAGUCUGGGAAAACUGCCAGGGAUUAAGGGCCUUGUGUCGGGCUCUCAAGGGAAACGUCGUUUCAAGAGCGAACUCUCUGUGGAUAUGAUCAGUCCACCACUGGGCGACUUCAGACACACUAUGCAUGUCGGCCGUGGCGGGGACGUGUUUGGUGACACUUCCUUUCUUAGCAACUAUGGGGGCAUCAGGGAGCCAGGGAGUCCAGACUCGUCAAACAGCUCCAAGACAACUGGGUUCUUCACACGCACCUUUCGGCAUGUGCGGAAGAAUUCUGGGCCGCGGCCACGCAGUGGCUCCCGUGACCUGUCAUCCCCGCCACCAGACAUCUCACCCAUCAUCAAGAACGCCAUCUCUCUUCCCCAACUGAACAUAGACUCCCCUAAUGGGUGCCUACAGAGGGUGCUGUUCUCCAGCUCCAUCAGCUCGACAGAUGACUCCCUCUGCACAUAUGGUCUGCAGUCUGGAUUUGUCACUCUGCCCCGCCUCUCUCGCCUUGACAGACAGUUUCAAGAUGGAGACAUCCGGAAAGGGUCUCUACAGGACAGCAGCGGCAUCACACUGACACGCUCAGACUCCCUCACCUCGUUCACCGUAGACCUUGGCCCUUCUCUUAUGUCUGAGGUCCUGAGUUUGAUUGACAACCCCAGCUGCCUUCAGAUAUCCAAUCACAGCCAGGCAGCAGAUGAGGAAGAGGAAGAAGAGGAUGACAUCUCUCUAACAGAGACACCAGUGCAGAGCCCUUUGAUGACCUCACCCAACCCGUCCAUGGGUAGUGGGUCAUUCAGCAGUAAUAUGAACAACAGGGGGCGUUCUUGUAGCUCCAACUGGACAGAACCAGAGGAGGAGAGGAGGUCACAGAGGACACCAGAUGUGUGCGCUGUGUCUCCUCAGAGAGCGGAGCCUGCCAUGGAGGCAGAGAGGUUCCAGAGGGCUGCUGACGUGUUGUCUCGUCAUUAUGGUGGAGGGUCUUUCACAAGGGGGACGAGGAUGAGCACAGACACCACCUCUCCUGCUUUUACACACAGCCGCAAAACACCAUAUGCCUUUUCUGAAGAGGAGGAAGAAAUCAAAGUCUAGAUGUUGAAACUCUGAAAAAGAGUAGGGAUUUUGUUAAUCUGAUUAAACAAACACAAAAGCUUCCAGUGACCUGAAUUUUGAGUUCAUUUCAAGUCAGAGAGGCUGAACUUUGAACUUGGGAUUUUCUGUUGUUCCUCCAUAAAAACAUUCUGCCUAUUCUCACAUGCAUCUACAUGGAGGCAUCACUGAUCAACUACCAGAUCCUUCUCUAUAUUCACUUUCUACAGGAUGGAUGUUUGAUGCUGAUCUUGACCUUUGACCUUCCCUUCCCUUCUCUGUGCACUACUAUCGAAACUAUUUUAAAGAUGCAAGUCACCGCAUGAGUCUGACACUAUUUUUUGUCAGGCCAACUAUUAAUAUUGUAAAAACUUUUAUUAGUAACAAAGGUUUAUCAGUGAAAGAAAUAUGUCCCACUUGCAUUAAUAAUGUUUGUAACAAUUGACUGGAGACUAUAGUGGAGAGCCAUGAAUUCUGAAUGGACUUUUUCUAUUUUUUUCACAUACAUAAUUGUACAUUGUACAUUGUACAUAAUCACUCACUACAUAAUCAUGAUGUCCAAUGUAUUUUACAUAAACAAAGAUGUUCAGGUUGAAAGGUCUGAGAUGUCAAGCUGAAUUUGAACAUGUUUUGUAACAACUGUGAUACAACUUCUAUACAUUGUGAAAAAUAAAACUAUUAUCAGAAAUAAUGGUGUUAAAACUCAUAUAGUUGUACAAUUACCGCUGAUGUUCCUCCCAAGUUUAUGAGAGAACUGCACCCAUAACAUGUUUAUAGGCUUGUUUGUCAAGCUUUUAUCAGUUUUAGUUUAUUUUUUCUAAUAUGAUAUGGCUGAUGUAAUAAAGUCUUGAUUCAAAAUGA